AUGACUGAGGUCUGGAACAAGCAUGAACAAGAGCGGGAAUGUAGUAAACAUCUUCUAAAAGGUGGUAAGAUAAGGGUGGUAACAGACCUAGAUGGGAAUUUUUUGGUCCAAAUUGGAAGCACGGGAGAGGAAGGUUUGCAGGAUGGCAACUUUGAAGAAGCCACCUUCAAUCGCCCACAGGGCCUUGCUUAUGAUGCAAAGAGAAAUCUUCUUUAUGUAGCAGAUACUGAAAACCAUGCUUUAAGGGUGAUUGAUUUUGUUAAUGAGGUGGUGCGGACUCUUGCUGGAAAUGGAACCAAAGGUUCUGACUACAGAGGCGGAGGAAAGGGAACUGAUCAGGCAUGA